GUGGAGCGGGUCGGCGACACGCUGAUCGUCGCCUCCGGCAGUCACGGCAAGUUCCUCUCGCGCCUCGACCUGCAGGUCGAGGGCGGGCGGGUGGUCGACUUCCGCUACCGCCUGAUCCCGGUGCUGGCCGACGCCAUCCGGCCCGACCCGGAGAUGACCGCCCUGGUCGAGCAGAUCCGCGCGCCCUUCGCCGGCGAGGUCGACCGGGUGCUGGGCACCACCGACCAGCUUCUCUACCGCCGCGGCAACUUCAACGGCACCUUCGACGACCUGAUCUGCCAGGCGCUGAUGGAGGAGCGCGACGCCGAGAUCUCGCUCUCGCCCGGCUUCCGCUGGGGCGCGAGCCUGCUGCCCGGGCAGGAAAUCACCGUCGACGACGUCUACUCCAUGACCUCGAUCACCUACCCGGCGGCCUACCGCCAGGAGAUGAGCGGCGAGACCCUGAAGGUGAUUCUGGAGGACGUGGCCGACAACCUGUUCAACGCCGACCCCUACUACCAGCAGGGCGGCGACAUGGUGCGCGUCGGCGGCAUGGGCUACACGAUCGACGUCCACAAGCCGAUCGGCCAGCGCAUCUCCAACAUGACCUUCCUGAAGGACGGCAGCCCGAUCGACCCCCAGCGCAACUACGUGGUCACCGGCUGGGCCAGCGUGAACGAGGGCACCGAGGGGCCGCCGGUCUACGACCUGGUCAGCCAGUGGAUCGAGAAGCAGGGCACGGUCAAGUCAAGGCCUGAGCCGCCGCGGCGAGAAGGACGCGCAAUGGAUUUCGGGGUCUCCUACCUGGGCGCACUGGGGGCGGGCGCGCUCUCCUUCCUCAGCCCCUGCGUGCUGCCGCUGGUGCCGCCCUACCUGGCCUUCCUGGCCGGGGUGACCCUGCAGGCGACGGGCGAGGGCACCUUCGCCCUCGACCGGGCCGUGGCGCGCCGGGUCUUCCUCGCGGCGCUGGUCUUCGUGCUCGGCUUCUCCACCGUCUUCGUUCUGAUGGGGCUGGGCGCCAGCGCGAUCUCGCUGUUCAUCGCGCGCUGGGGCCACAUCCUGGGGCCGAUCGCCGGCGUCAUCAUCAUCCUGCUCGGGCUGCACUUCCUGGGCGUCUUCCGCAUCGGCCUGCUGUACCGCGAGGCGCGGUUCCAGGUGCAGGAAAAGCCGGCCGGGCUGCUGGGCAGCUACGUCAUCGGCCUGGCCUUCGCCUUCGGCUGGACCCCCUGCGCCGGGCCGGUGCUCUCGGCCGUGCUGGCCACCGCGGCGACCAGCGACAGCCUGACCUACGGCGCCAGCCUGCUGGGCACCUACGCCGCCGGCAUCGGCAUCCCCUUCCUGCUCGCCGCGCUGUUCCUCGAGCGCUUCAUGCGCUGGUUCCAGAAGUUCAAGCGCCACCUGCCCAAGGUCGAGAAGGCGAUGGGCGCCUUCCUGGUGCUCACCGGCCUGCUGUUCGUCACCGGCUCGAUGAACCUGAUCGGCGAGUGGAUGUACAACGAGAUCGAGUUCUUCCAGCGCGGGUCUCCAGGCCCGCGCCUCCAAUCCCGCCUUGCGCUCGCCCGAUUGACGCCGGUCAAAGACCGGCCGCGCGUGCCCGGUCUACCUGUGGGCGCACGCACGGCCUGCGCCGGCCGCGGCCCGGGCCCACCGCCUGCGACACUUGCGAGACUGUUGCGCGGCGGACGCCCUGCCCAAAUCCGGACCGUAGACCCCGGCGACGCCCUUUCCCUGGAGGUGCAAGGCCCCAUGCUGAUGCCCGAGACGCCCGCCGCCCGCGACUGGCACGCCCGGUCGGUCGAGGACACCCAGGCGGCGCUGGCGGCCCGGCCGGACGGCCUGGACGGGCAGGAGGCCGAGGCGCGUCUGGCCCGGGUGGGGCCGAACCGCCUGCCGGAGCCGAAGCGUGCCGGGCCACUGCUGCGCUUCCUGCGCCAGUUCAACAACCUGCUGAUCUACGUGCUGCUGGCCGCCGCCGCCGUCACCGCGCUGCUGGGCCACUGGAUCGACACCGGCGUGAUCCUGGCGGUGGUGGUGGUCAACGCCGUCAUCGGCUUCGUGCAGGAGGGCAAGGCCGAGCAGGCGCUGAACGCCAUCCGCGACAUGCUGGCGCCCAAGGCCACGGUGCUGCGCGGCGGCCGGCGCGAGACCCUGCCCGGCGACCGGCUGGUGCCCGGCGACCUGGUGAUCCUGGAGGCCGGCGACCGGGUGCCGGCCGACCUGCGGCUGACCGAGGUGCGCGGCCUGGCGGUGCAGGAGGCGGCGCUGACCGGCGAGUCCCUGGCGGUCGAGAAGGCGGUGGCGCCGGUCGAUCCGGCCGCGCCGCUGGGCGACCGCCGCAGCCUGGCCUUCAGCGGCACGCUGGUGACCUCGGGCCAGGGGCGUGGCCUGGUGGUGGCGACCGGCGCGGCGACGGAGCUCGGCCGGAUCAGCGGCCUGAUCGCCGAGGUGCAGGCCACGGCGACGCCGCUGCUGCGCCAGAUGGCGGUCUUCGCCAAGUGGCUGACCGGCGUGAUUCUGGGGCUCAGCGCCCUGAUCCUUGGCUUCGGGCUGGCCUUCGCCGACUACGGCUUCGCCGAGCUCUUCAUGGCCGUGGUCGGCCUGUCGGUCGCCGCCAUUCCGGAGGGGCUGCCGGCGAUCCUGACCGUCACCCUGGCGAUCGGCGUGCAGGGCAUGGCACGGCGCAACGCCAUC